AUGGAGGCCAGAGCUACAGAACUACUGAACACACUGAAAAACCCAAACGUCUCGAUCGACGCUAAGAUCGCAGCGCUCACAAAUAUCAAAUCCGAAAUCAAACAGAAAAAUGUCCCCGAACCAGCUGCGCUUCCACUUUUCGAGAGCUUGCGACUUGCAAUCUCCGCCCAGCACUCUUCCCUAUCGUCCGCAGCAUUUUCCACACUCGCCCAUCUCCUCAAGCGAUUGUACAUUCAAGAAAACCACCAUUUGGUACUCUUUCAAGCCCGUCAAUUGUACCCGAUAUGCCUAGAGCGCCUCGGAGACCACAAGGAGCGCCUUCGCACUCAGGCUUCUCAGGCUUUCUCCGAUCUAUGGAUUGCGGCCCCGCAAGAGGUGGAGGCCCAUGUUCUUGGGACUGCUCUGGUUGGCAAGAAUGCGCGCGCCAGGGAGAUGAGUAUGAUUUGGCUAGUAACUAUGACGAGAGAACAUAACAUCUUGUUCCGCGCGCAUGUACCGUCGCUUGUUGCUGCUUUAGAGGAUGCUGAUAGUGGUGUCCGAGAUACUGCAAAGACAACUAUCAUUGAGAUAUUCCAAAACGCUCCAUCUCGAGCUAAAUCUGACCUGAAACGGCAACUGUCCGAACAUGGUGUGCGCAAGUCUAUCGUUGCGGCAAUUCUCUCAAGUUUAGGGCUUUCGGACCAUGAUGUGUUAGCAAGUAGCCGCUCGGAGACACGUCGCCCUGGCAGUAGUCUUGCGGUUUCUCGCCAUCGUGACGAUCCUCCACGACCGACUUCUGUCCUCUCCCAACGCCCGCAGAGCCGCGCUGCUAUUGGUCGAGAAGAUUCAGAACAUACUCUUCGACUAGCUCCAAAAAUUGAUUUACAUUCGGGAUUAUCUCAUAGUAUCAGUACUGACUCUCUAGCUGCUUCAGCCUCGGCUGCUUUGGAAGGUGAAUACAUUGAACCCCUCUAUGUGGACUCGAAUCGUGAAAUAGACGAUAUGCUGCGAAAUAUGCUGCCACACUUUGAGGGUAGGGAAACAGAGCACAAUUGGAUUCCUCGUGAAAAGUCGGUCGAGACCCUUCGGAGACUUGUCCGAGGCAACGCUCCUCAAACAUACUCUCAGCAUUUCAUUGCUGGUAUCAAAAGCCUUCUUGAUGGGAUUUUGAAAGUGGUAAACUCGUUGCGGACAACAUUAUCCACUACAGGCUGCCUCCUCAUCCAAGAAAUCGCGAAAGUGUGUGGACCAGGGAUUGAUAACAUGGUUGAGAUUUUACUGCAGAAUAUGAUAAAGUUAUGUGCUGGAAUGAAGAAGAUCAGUGCACAGAAUGCUAACGCCACCGUGGAUGCCAUCAUCUCGAACGUCACUUACGUUCCUCGUAUCCUUCAACAUCUGUCAUUCGCUUGUCAGGACAAAAAUGUUCAACCCCGUCUAUUCGCCGCGGGCUGGCUGAAGACCCUUCUUAACAAACAGGCCCGCCAUAAAAGCUCAAUAGAGCACGGUGGCGGCCUUGAUCUUGUGGAAAAAUGUAUCAAGAAAUGCCUCGGCGAUCCAAAUCCAGGAGUCCGAGAGAGCAUGCGUGGUACUUUCUGGACUUUCUACAAGAUCUGGCCUGAUCGAGCCGAAGAAAUCAUAUCAACACUGGAUGCUAAAUCAAAAACCUUGUUGGAGAAGGAUCCUCACAACCCCAAUGCAGCACCUGCUCCAGAAGGUCGUUCUCGCCCAGUCUUGGCAAGUAGUGUUUCGGCACCUUCUCAGCGACCAACUCUUAAAGAAACCAUCGCAGCACAGAAGCGUGCUGCUGCUGCUAAGAAUGUCCCUCAAAGCAUCCCACCUCGACCCGAAUCAGCGCAAUCUUCAUUUACUGACACGAAGCCCACGCGCCCUACCACACGUACUCCGGCAGCAACCAAGUCUGCGAGCAGUGUACGGACUGUUCCAACUGGGACCCAUCUUUCUUCCCUAUCGUCUGCUCCUAUGCGGCCUGCGGUAAAGCCACGACGACCUGAACUUACACGACCAGCCACGGCUGAUCCAUACUCUGACCGACGACCAGGGAGUGCAGCUUCCAGUAGGAAGCCGCUGAGUCCAGAGGUUAGUCCAGCAAAAGUACGACCGAAAUCAGUCGCUACGCCCAGUGCUAGAUCACCGGCACGGCCCAAAUCAAGAGCUGGUGCUGCCCCGGUGAGCAGUAAUUCUAGGAAUAAACCUAAGAAACUCGAUAUUUCAAGCUUGAAGAACGGGGAAUUCCGCUCUGGGGCUGGGCCUCGCAGUGACUCUGACGAUAUCGCUCAACUGCAUCCCACAAUAGAGAAUGAGGCACUCGAGCCAUCGCCGCAUUUUGAGGAUCAUCAUUCUGUUCAGCAGUCGAAUGUGCUUGUAUUAGAUGAUCAUGAGGCCUUUCCCACACCUACCACGCCUAUCAUGCAAACGCAGCACGAUGUGAUGACGCUUGAAGAACCGCCAGUCGCGGGACAUGAGUUACGUGCCUCCAUUAGUGCAGUUACAUCUCCAUCUCGCAUCCCUAUCAUACACUCGCGAACAAACAGUGUUGAAACAAAUGGCACACCUUCAGUCUUGGUAUCGCCUCGCGCACGUCAUUCACGUCAGGGAAGCGAAGAUAGGCCAAGCCAUAUCCCAAGCCCUAUCGCCCCUCGGUCAUUAGUACUUGAACAGCCACGACCGGCUGGGCUCACAGUAUAUGAAGACCCAGAAUCAAAAGCCAGCCCUGAGAUGACUCGCCCCAAUAACAUUAUUCAGAGUCCAGUUGCCCAUAAAAAGCCCGUUUUGGAAGAGAUUCCUGUCAACGAACCUAGCGCAGCCACGCCACGCGUAGUGAAGCAGCAGGCAGCGACGCCCAGUCCGCUCAACGCCAAUGUCGCGUCACCAGGCCAAUUACAGAUCAGUCAUAGAAUUUUGGGAAAGAUUGCGGCUGAGAGACGUCGAAGUCUCAGUCCUAGGUCCAAGGAUCCAGCCAAAGCCAGAGAAAUGAUCGACAAGGGUAUUUCCCGCAUCAAAGCGAAGGCCUUGGACGUACAUGGCUACCGCAAACUGCAGGGCCUUAUCAAAUACCACGACUCGAUUUUUGUUGACGAGUCAAAGUAUGAUGAGAUGUUGUUGGGACUGCUUGAUGCUUUGGAAGCCCCCAGUGAUGACAAGCGAACAUCGGUACCUAAGUCUAUGGAUCUCAAGAUACAAAUCCUGGUUACUAUCCGACUCAUGUUUGCGUACAAUGGAGCCUACUUUGCAGAUCAUUAUCCCCGGGUGAUGACUGCACUGCUUAAUACACGCAAAAACUACGAACUUACCCACCACAUUGUGAGCGGUCUUGAAGAGACGGCCGAAGACGUCAUUGCUUCCUGUGAGGCCGUGGAUGUAAUAUUCGCCGUUCUUGAUCUGAUUGAGACUGAAAAUCAUGACGACGAAAGCGAUCGCGCCAUCACAAUGGGUAUCUAUAUUCUUUCUGGGCUACUCAAGCGUCUCAACAAAGACCACAGGAAGUUGAACAGUGGCGAGAUUGAACGCUUAGGCCGGUUUGCAAACGCCAGUCUUGCGCAAUCACAACCAGAUGUCAGACGAGCCAUUACUGAGUUUAGUGUGGAAUUGCAUGACAUGGUGCAGAAUGAGGAGAUGUUUUGGCGCAUGAUCAAUCCUGCUGGGAACGAUCAACGUAAUUUAUUGACCUACUUUAUUGCGAAGAAGUCGUCUCAGGCUAUUUGA